AUGCCCGACAAUUUGUCGGCAAUAUUCGAAACAAUACUAGAUUACGCAGAGGAGGAAGCAGCCGGCACAUCGACUUGUCAAAAUCCACCGAAACAACAUCAAAAGCUCUAUCACAAAAAUGCUGUAGAGAUUCUGGAAGACUUUGCACUGCUGAAAAACGAGAAAAAAGAAGAAAUCUCAUUUCAAGAGUUGGCUCAAAGUUUUAUCGAUGAUUGGGACGUUGCAAAUUCAAAGUCGAUAUCUAUUCAGCAGUUGUCGCAUUUUCUAAGCUCGCCUAAAAUUCAAGGCGUUCUCUGGGCAGCACAGGAAAUUUCAGCGGGUCGAUUUGCCCCACAACUUCCAGAUGUACCGUUUGAAGUUGAUGAAGACGAUGGGGUGGCUGUGAAAAUUGUCAGAAUAGUCCGAAGAGGCGAGCCGCUGGGCGCCACUAUCAAAUGCGAACGUGGCAAAGUGUACGUAGCACGAAUCAUGGCCAACGGAGUCGCGGAUCGUAGUGGAUGCAUUCAGGAGAAGGAUCGAGUGCUGGAAGUUAACGGGGUCACUGUGGCGGAUAAGGAGCCCAGGGAGAUUGUGAACUUGUUGGAUAAAUGUGAUAAUGGCAUAAUAACUUUCAAAUUGAUACCUGCAGAAGUGAAUCAGAAGUUGAAGCAGAAAAAGUCAUCACAUCGUUAUGUGAGAGCACUCUUCGACUACGAUCCUUGGCAAGAUCGCCGUCAUCCCUGCCCUGAAGCAGCCAUCUCGUUCCGAGCCGGAGAUAUACUGGAAAUCCUCGAUGAGAAGGAUCAGUACUGGUGGCAGACUAGAAAAAUUGGAUUCGGAGCACUAGCGAGACGGAAAGAGAGCCAUGAUGAAGAGCAGAUUGGUGGAGAGUCCAAAAAAGUUGGCCUAGUCCCAUCAGAAUGGUUACAGUGCCAAUCAGAGAAUCCGGAUGGUCUAGGCUCGUCAGAUGAUUUGCAGUUUCUAGAAAGUCAUAAAGAUCGCUACUACGAAGGCGUGUUUCGAUGGCGGAACAAAAAGAAGCGACGACGAGUAGUGGUGCUUUUGGGAGCUCCCGGCGUUGGACGCAACGAGAUUCGAAGGCAGUUCUUUAAAGUUUUCGCUGAUAGAUUCACCAACGCCAUUCCACAUACGAGUAGACCUCCAAGACCCAACGAGACGGACGGCGUCAGCUACCACUUCACGACACGUGCCGAAAUGGAACGAAUGAUUGAGCGAAAAGAGAUGUUGGAGUACGGAGAGUUCCGAGACAAUUUAUACGGAACCGCUCUGCAAUCCGUCAGGCGUGCCAGCGAACGAGGCACCGUGCUUCUGACACCCCAUCCGUUGGCCAUUGAGAAUAUCCGCACGUGGGAGUUCGCGCCGAUUGUGAUAUUUGUGCAACCGCCGGAUUUUGGAGAGUUUAAGCACACCCGAGAGGUCUACCGUGCCCAAACCACACGUUCCCACUCGGCCGCUUCCUCAUCCAACGUCUCCCAAAACACCGCAGCUACAAAUGCUCGCGCGUUCUCCGACACUGAAAUCCGUCAAAUUAUUGAGAAUUCCGCACAAAUGGAGCAGAAAUAUAGGGGAGUGUGUGAUGCGAUCAUACGAAACGUCGAUUUCGAGACGACAAUGAACGAGUUGACUGGUCUGAUCUAUAAUCUCGAAUCGAAAGCCACGUGGAUGCCGACCAAGUGGUUAGCUGAUAUUGGAGAAUAA